UUCCUUCGGUACCGUUCGCCUCGUGACGUUGAUACCUAUCUCAUCUUCGUAAGUGUAAUCGCGUCGAGUGAAGGUAGGCGCGUGCAGAUGUACGCACGCGUGCACGCAGACGCGCAGCAAUCGUGGUCGCUGCAAUAGACACCUGUUGCGGCAUCGACCUGAAUACAGUCAGUCCAGUCAUCGCCGAACAAUCGCGAUCGCGAGUUCGAGGUGGUCCCCGGGUUCACGUUCGUUGAGUGAAUAAACACUAUUGGCUGAUAUCUUCGUGCUGUUCAUGAUUUCUGACAACUUCUUCAAUUUAGACUUAAAAAACUUUCUUUUACACUGUGUUCCCAGAUACGGUAAACGUUAAAAAUGCGCUUGUGAUAGAUAAUUCGAAUAAUACAGCCAUAGAUAAAAAUCGACUGUAAUUAUUUUUAAAUUCAACAAUCUACCGAUAAACUGAAGAGACGUGAUUGUGAAUUCUUAAGUGGUCUAAUAACAAAAAUGUCAUUAAAAUUGGCGGAUGACCAGCGAUUUGCAUUGAUGAAGUUUCGACGGUCAGUGCAAGAUAUCCUACAGCCACACCACGAUGACUACUUUCUGCUUCGCUGGUUAAGAGCAAGAAAAUGGGAUCCUACUGCAGCUGAAAAAAUGCUGAGAGACUCGCUACAAUGGCGAAAGCAGUGGGAUGCUGAUAAUUUGGACAAAUGGGAAAUUCCUGAAGUAAUAAAACCAUAUCUGCCUUACGGAACGAGUGGAUUCGAUAAAGAUGGAGCACCAGUGAUCAUCGUACCAUUUGUCGGUAUGGACAUGUACGGAGCAUUACAUGUAAUAACACAGAAGGAAUUCAUCAAAAUUAUGAUAAAAGUAUUAGAUGGUUAUUUGAACUUAGCCAAGGAGCAAUCCAAGAAGCAUGGACAGCUCGCUAAUCAAGUGACCGUUAUUUUCGACAUGGAAGGAUUUAAUCUUAAACAAUAUUUGUGGAAACCAGCUGGCGAGCUUGUUAUCACCUUCGUCCAAAUGUACGAGGCAAACUAUCCGGAAAUUCUAAAGAUGUGCUUCCUGAUCAACGCUCCAAGAGUCUUUGCUUUCGCUUUUACUCUUAUUAAGAAAUUUAUGGACGACUAUACUUUGUCAAAAAUACAAAUCUACAAAGCCGAGCCGUCGAAAUGGAAAGCAGCACUUCUUAAACUCAUACCGAAGGAUCAACUACCUGCCCAUUAUGGUGGAAUACUAACAGAUCCAGAUGGCAACCCGAAAUAUACUUCAAAAAUCUGUCAAGGUGGUAAGAUAUCUAAAGAGAUGUACGUCAACAAUAUGGAUAAGCUAAACGAGGAUUAUACUACCGUCGUCGUUCGGAAAGGAGGAAAAUUAGAAUUCGAUAUUUCUGCACCCGAAGAGGGUUCCAUUUUAAGUUGGGAAUUUCGAAGCGAAGGUCAUGACAUCAAAUUUGGAAUUCUGAAAAAAGACAUGACUAAUGGGAAGAAAAUAGAAGUUAUACCUAUUCGGAGAGUUGCGUCUCAUCAAUCGGAUGAAAUUGGAUUAUUAACUUGCGAAACUCCGACGACUUAUUACGUCGUUUUCGACAAUACCUACAGUAUUCUAAGGAAUAAGAAGGUUCAUUAUUCCGUACGUAUGUUACCACCAACACCAGUGGCACCAAUUAUGUAAUAAAAUGAAUCCUUUUAGGAAAUUUACAAUUAUAUUAAUUUUUCGUGUUUCAUACUUGUAAGAUCAAACUAAAAUUUCGGAAGGAUGUUACGUCACAAUUUCAUAGUAAAUAUAGAUAUAAAGUAAAUUCUUUGUAAUUUACAGAUUUUACAGUCCAACUGAUUGUU